CAAACACUCUCAAAACCUCCAUUUCUCCUUCCACAUACACCAGUUUGCCUCCAAAAUCAAAUCAAGCUUCUAUUCAUCAUUUCCCACCAUUCCUUAGCAUCAAAUCACUUCAGGAUAUUGUGGCUUCUCCAUAUCACACUUUUGAAGUAAAAUCGCCACCAUUUCAUCAAUCUCAUGGCACAAAAUGAGGAAUUCAAUGCCACAUGGUUUAGAAUCCCUGUUAACCGAGAUAAUUGGAGGCACUUCAACUCCAAGGCCAUUAUUAUAGAAUGCCCUAUCAGAGUGCAUGAUCUCCAAGAUUUUUGGGUACAAGAAAGAUUCGUAGCCUUAGGGUGGGAGGCUAUGUUGGAUGUGGACAAAGAGGUUUACCCACAGCUGGUUCAUACCUUCUGCUGUAAUCUUACCGGCAAGCAACUCUACAUUGGGGAGUACAAGGUAUACAGCCGAGUGGGUGGUCGAGAUAUCAUUUUCACCUCAAUUGAAUUUGGGGAAAUCAUUGGGGUUUCUUCUAAAGGUAGCAACAUCUAUUGCCCUCCCCGGACUUCUUCCAAAGGCUUCUUCAAUAGCACAAAACUGGCAUUCAUGAAAGCCAAUGUCAUAGUAGGUGGUGAAGUUAAUUGGGCUCUCUUUGCUAAUUGGAGACCUACGCCCAAGGUAUUGUGCAGGAUUGUGCAAUACAAUAUUCUUCCCAUCCAUGGCCAUUUCAACAAGGUGUCUCUCAUGCAAGCAUACACAACCUUCUUUCUCUACAUAGGGGAGAAAAUCAGCUUGCCUUACAUAAUGCUAAGGCAAAUGAUGGCUUGUGUUUAUUGUCUGGCUGAUGGCUACCUUUUCUAUGGUAAGGUACUAACCAAGGUAUUCAGGCAUAUAGGCAUCAACCUAGAGGGUGAGAAAAGGAUGGAUACACAUGUCAUUCCUUUUGAUCGUGCCAUCUUAGAGAAAAUGAAACUACAUGAGUAUGCUGGUAGUGAUCAGGAUGAAGCACCCGCAGCUAAGGAAGACUUGGAGGAGCAUGAAGAGAAUGUGCAUAAGGGUGAGGAUGAGCUACAGGAGGGAGAUGGGACACAACAGAGAGAUGAGCACCAGCCUGAGGAAGGGGUACGUGUUAGGGAAGAGGAGGAGCACUCAAAUCCCUUCCAUGAUUUCGAUAUUAGCGAUAUUGAUGUAAAUCUCAUGGAAGAGGACAUGGCAAGUUUAGGAAUCCCACCCACACAUGUUCCUGAGAGUACCCAUGGUACCAAAUCCUACUAGGGAGAAGACUUUCUUGGCUAGUUUCACUUCCCAGACUCACUUCAAGACUGCUCCCAUUCUGACUCAGCCUUCUACCUCUACUGGAGUGCUGGAGCACGUGGACAGAGAUUUUGCUCAAGUUGCCACUUGUUUGGAUAGUUUGGAGUCUCAGGUUGGCACUAGCUUAAAUGCACUUGCUUCCAAAGUUGGGUUUGUGGAGUCUUCUUUUGAGGGAUUGGCAGAAUGCAUGCGCAUUUCGCCGAACUAUAGACCUCCCUGCUUUCAAGCUUAAUCUCAGCGGGCUUCUUCCUCUUCGAGUCACUAGCGGCAAUCUCAGCAACAGAGCUCAACUGUCUCCAUAAAUUUUCUCUCACUUUCUGACUUGUCUUUGUCUUUCUUAUUUUGUGUACAAAUUGACUUAAAUCAGUUCUUUUAGACUCUUAGUUUGUACUUAAUCCCUAUGGGGUUCUGUUGUUUCACCCCCAUUUUGUACUUACGGGGUUUCUUUCCCUUUCCUUUUUGUACUUCUAUCUUUCUUGUGGGAGUUCUAUCUAUUAAGGUUUACUCAAAUAUGUAAUUUCUUAAUUUUUAUCUUUCAUGUAAUGAAAUCUUAAUGAGAUUUAUCUA